AUGAUGACUCGGACAGAGGAGAGUGAUAAAUUGGACAAUACCAAGGAGGAACAUAAGGAGACAAUCCACCAGCCACUAAGCUAUGUGCCUGUGUCAAAUGUCGAGGAGGAUAUCAAGGAGGAUGUUGAGGAGGAGUGCAAGGCCGAGGCCAAGGAUGAGGAUGAGGAUGAGGCAAGUGUUCCUGCUCUGCCCUCAUGUGUUUUCAGAGCCACCCAUUUGUCAAAGUCAUACGCAGGCCGAAAGGAUGUGCAUCUGCUGCUAAAAUGGAUGUCCCUUGAUGCCGAAGCAGUCAACUCAUAUGUGAUCCUGCAGUGUCUAUCACUGCUGCUGUUCAUGAACAUGAGAACAGCUUACUCACCUCCAAUCUAA